CCAAUCAAUACUAACUGAAAGCCCAACUUACAAAACAAAAACGAGAUGGUUGAAGAAACUGAGAAAUCAUCGACCGCAGCCGUUAAGGAGGAGACCGAGAAAAACUCAUCAUCAAUGGCGAACCCUAAGGAAGAGGAGUCUGCUGGUGGCAAUUCAGACGUAGCGACGGCGCCAUCGAAAGAAAUCGCCCCGCCGCCGCCCGCUAGGCAUCCGUUGGAGCACGCCUGGACAUUCUGGUUCGACAAUCCUUCCGCCAAAUCCAAACAGGCGGCUUGGGGAAGCUCCAUUCGCCCUAUUUAUACCUUCUCCACCGUUGAAGACUUUUGGAGUGUUUAUAACAAUAUACACCACCCUAGCAAGCUGGCAGUGGGAGCAGACUUUCAUUGUUUCAAAAACAAAAUCGAGCCCAAAUGGGAAGACCCCGUCUGUGCCAAUGGGGGGAAGUGGACAGUUAGUUUUUCUAGGGGAAAAUCUGACACUUGUUGGCUGUAUACGUUGUUGGCAAUGAUCGGAGAACAAUUUGAUUAUGGUGAUGAAAUAUGUGGAGCUGUUGUCAAUGUCCGAGCUAGGCAGGAGAAAAUUGCUCUGUGGACGAAGAAUGCUGCGAAUGAAGCUGCUCAGUUGAGCAUUGGAAGACAAUGGAAAGAGUUUCUGGACUACAGUGACUCAAUUGGUUUCAUAUUCCAUGAUGAUGCGAAGAGGCUUGACAGAAAUGCCAAGAAUCGUUAUACUGUGUGAGCUGCUGCUUCCGAGGUUUUCUCGAUUGCGGUAUACUGGCUAGCAACACCUUGGAGGAAUUGAACAAGUGAUUACCAACUUCCCCAACCCCCAAUCACAAACAACCAAAAAAAAAAAAAAAGAAGUAAGAAAAAGGAAGAAAGAGGAAAAGGAAAAAAAAGAAUCCUACAUGGGAGAAUGAAUUUGAUUAGACAACCCAACUAACCAUGGAGGAGGCGUUCAUUCAUGAGAUUCAGCACUCGAUAGUGUUGUAGUAUUCUGAGCUACUACUAGUGCAAAUGAUGUAGUAGCAUUAUAGACUGUCGCAGAUAUUUUCUGUUUUACUCCUAAAUUUUCCUACAUUGGAUGGUUUUGAGCAUAUAUUUAGAUUAAUACUUGUUUUCAUUACUGCUCUAGAAUUUACAAUAUUUCCGAGUAUUUGAGUGCCAAUGCAAUAAAUUGUUACUUAGA